ACAAAGGUGUUCACUCAUCUCCCUCUCGCGUUCCAGUCAAUUUUUUUGACCCAGUUGGUGUUAGCGAACUUAAACGCACAAUGACAUCACGUUCCACACGUUCUCAAGUUAAUCAUCGGGAAAGCUCUCGUCGCGGAAGUUCACCCAAGCCUCCUAUGCCUGCCUCAGCAAAGGGCAUCGACACUCCAAGUUCAUCCUCUACCUCGUCAGACGAUGAGUUCCGCCAUAAAGAAAUUAGUUGCGUUUGUCGAUAUAUUACUAGUCGUGGCGAAGAGUCCAUUAAGGGCCGCGAGCUUAGCGUUAUGUUCAAGGAUCUCCGUAUCGUCGGUGUCGGUGCACGUGCCUCUUUACAGCUCACCAUCGGUUCUAUGCUUAAUCCUGCUGCCAUCUUGAGGAACACUUCGGCGAUGCGCAACCAGCCUGUCAGGGAUAUUUUCUCAGGAUUCGAGGGUAUCGUUGCGCCUGGUGAAAUGCUCCGUUAUAGCUCUCGGACGACCUGGUUCCGGUUGCAGCACGUUCCUAUUGCAAACCAGUGUGGGGAAUACCAUGCUAUACAGAGCGAAGUAUGCUAUGACUUCUUCACCCCCAAAGAUAUCGCAAGACAGUAUCGUGGAGAUGUGAUCUACUGUCCUGACGAUGAUGUCCACUUUCCGACCUUGACUGUAGAGCAAACCUUGUCUUUCGCCAUCAAAAUGCGUACUCCACAUGCUCGGUUCAUAGACCAAACCCGUGAACAGUUUAAUCGUGAUGUAGUUGAUAUCCUCGUGCGCAUCUUCGGUCUUCGUCAUGCGCGAAACACUGUUGUCGGUGAUGCUGCCAUUCGUGGUGUUUCAGGAGGCGAAAAGAAACGUGUCUCGAUUGCAGAAGCACUGUCUUGCCGUGCCCUCAUUGGCGCGUGGGAUAAGUGA